AUGCCGCCGACGCCGAGCCCGACUGCCACGAGUUCCGCCUCGCCCAGCAGCAGCACCUCCAAGACGACCACCAAGACGAUCAUCGAGACGGGCACGAGUUCCGCAUCGCCCAGCAGCACCACCACCAGGACGACCACCACCACGAUCACCAAAGCGGGCACGAGUUCCGCAUCGCCCAGCAGCAGCAGCACCACCAAGACGACCGGCACGACGAUCACACGGACCACCGAUAUGGUGCUAACCGCAACGACUGCAUUGGUGAGUCCAGUACUGGCAGGAUCACAUGAGUUGUUGGUGGAGUCCGAGGAGGGCUUUUCUGUAGGGGACACCAUCGUGAUCACUGGUGGCGGAAAUUCGGAGACUCGUGACAUCGCGAGCUUUGGAUCCAUUGUGCUCGACGCACCGUUGGACUACGAAGACCCAGCGGGCUCCAGCAUCACCAAAUUAGGUGGUAGCUAUUCGAGCAAUGCACCAUGGGCGGAGGAGCAGCAAGACUCCGGGAGAUUGCUUACAGUCUUCGUUGGUGUCGUGAUCCUCCUCCUGGCCUGCACCGCGCUGGGCUUGGGCUGUCUUAUGAGGCGCGGAUGUCCCCGCCGUGGCAGGGGCCCAGCGCACGACCGCAGCAUGCGCGACGCCCAGAGUGGAACCAGCAUGUCGGAGCACCAGCUGGACCAGAAGGUUGAUUCGUUGCAGACCAUGGCUUUCUGGUUCCUCCCAGUGGAAGCACUCAUGAACAUGCCGCGUAACAAGCCCAUGUUCCGCCACCAAGUGUUGAGAGACGCUGGUCUAUUGGUGAAGCGGACCAUGACCCUGGAGGAUGUGUUUGCUGGGCGGUUUGUGACUCACACAGCAGCAGUGUCCCACCGCUGGUCAGAUCCAGAACACUUCGAUCCAGAUGGCAGCAAAUUGUCUGAGUUGCGAGGCAUAUUAGCUAAGAGCCCGUCGAUCAAGUCUGUAUGGAUCGAUUGGGCAUGUGCACCUCAAUGGCUCGGCGGCGGGAGGACCGAGGAGGAAGAGGAGGAGUUCAGGCUGAUCUUGGAGAACACGUUGCUCUUCAUCUUUCUCGGGUGUACGGUUAUUGUGCUGUAUGAGCGUGUCUAUAACCAACGGUUUUGGCCAAACGUGGAGUGUUGGAUUGCCACUGAGAUGGCAACGGAGAACGGGCUAGUGCCAGCUAGCGAGGAUAGGCUCCGAUUGAAAGUCCACGGCAUAGAUUCAGCAAAGCAUUCGAAUUGCACUUUCGGGGUGCUCGACAGUUGGCACCAUACUGAUACGCAGACGGCUAUCCACGUGCUGUCUCAAAAGGACAUCUUGGUCACAAACGCCAGGGACAAGGAGAUCAACUUGAAGGUAGUUGGCUCUCUGGACCACAUCAUCCGCAGCCGCGACAGUUCGACCGCCUAA